UCGGUAGCUACUUGUGACUGGCUGACGGAGCUCCUCUGGUGUCCCGUCAACAAUAGAUAUACUAGCAGUCUAGGAGUCAUCAUCCGUGAUCCUAUUGACAGCAUGUUUCUCACGAAUGGCCCUCGUGGGCCGGGUGGUUUGAAUGCCGACAAUAGGAAUCAUGCGUAUAACGACAAUGUGGGUGGUCAACCAGUUCAAGGAAGGAGUAUUAGCGGACCAUAUGGAGGAUACGGCGCUGGUGGUGGUGGUCCGACUAACGGCUGUUAUAACUGUGGCAAGAUGGGGCACUUCGCUCGAGACUGUUGGGAGCGUUUCGCCCCUUCGAACGCUGUCGAUCGGGAGUUGGAGGAGAUAAGAGAACAGCACCUGCUGGCUCGUAGGGAAAAACUGGAACAGGAGGAGAAGCGGAAGGCAGAAGAAGCUAGGAAGGCUAAGGAAGAAGAGGAUGCGAGACGGGACCGAGAUUUCGCGCGGAAGGCGGAGGAGUUUAAACUCCAAAUCAGAGCCGAGCUCCAUGAGGAAUGGCGUAAGAAGAACCUGGAGGCUGAACUGGCUACCCGGGAUGCUACUAAGAGCUCGAGACUCCCGGCGAAGAGAGUCGGCGAUUGUUCGAGGCGGGUGCAGUCGACCGUGAAGGAGAAAACCGAUGCAGCGGAAUCACCGAAACGAGAACACGACCCGAAGACGCCGCUUACCGGAGGUUACAAAGGUUUAUCUGACGAAUGCUCCCAGAAAGGGAUCAUCGUGUACUCUAUUUCAGCUCACAAGAUCUAUUCAGCAAAGAAAGUCACGGAUCUGAGGAAGAUUUGCAAGAGGAAGGGCAUUAGGUACACCAAGAAGCCCGAUGUAGUCGAGCUCUUGGCUAGACAGCAAGUGCAGCUUGCCUACGACGGUUUUGAAGGUUUUGAGGGUGUCAAGGCUGCUGAAUCCAAGGAGGAUACGAAGGACGCCGCGACUCCCAUACGAUGUACGGAUAAAGGGAAGCAAGUAGAGAAGACGUCGCUGGUAAGGAGGGCACUCGUUACUUUGAAGUCGACUGCUGGGCAACUGGAAGAGGAGUCCGAUUGACG